UUGCAGCCUUAGCUUGACCAAAUCUUUUGAAAGAGCAGCAGCAAAUAAAGCACGCUCUAUUAUUAUAUUGCCAACAAAGGGUGACCGGUAUGAAGUUGAUACAGAUACAUUUCUCUCUGUAUUAGCGCUACAUCCUCUUACAAAAAUGGCAUCUGUGCCCACCAUUGUUGAGGUUUCAAAUUCAAGUACAUGUGAACUUUUGAAAUCAAUCUUGGGAUUGAAUGUGGAACCAGUUGAAAAUGUUGCAUCUAAACUAUUUGUCCAGUGCUCUCGGCAAAAGGGCCUCAUAAAGAUCUACAGGCACUUGCUUAAUUAUCAGAAAAAUGUAUUUAAUCUUUGCAGUUUUCCCAACCUAGCAGGAUUAAAGUAUAAGCAAAUAAGGCAUGGAGUUCAAGAGGCAGUUGUCUGUGGUCUUUAUCGAAGUGGCAAGAUAUAUUUCCACCCAAAUGAUGAUGAGGUGCUGGAGCAAACAGAUAAAGUUUUGUUCAUUGCACCCAUAGAUAGGAAGAGAAAACCACAGGUUCUAUUUUCAGAUGCUAAUAAAGAAGGAAGUCACACUUUACAAAGUCUAAGGGCUAUAGAAAGCAAUGGUGGAUCUAAUGAACAUGCCUUGGAAUUGAAAAAGGCGCGGCUUGAGAAUAUUGUGAGGCGUCCUCCAAAACCAGGUUCAAAGGCAUCAGAUUGGACUCUAGGACCAAAGGAGUGCAUACUUAUGCUUGGUUGGCGCUCAAAUGUUAACGAAAUGAUUCAGGAAUAUGAUAAUUAUCUUGGACCUGGCAGUGUACUGGAGAUAUUAUCAGAUGUACCUUUGGAUGAGAGAAAUAAGGCAACUAAAGUAUCUGGUCAAGAUAAACUCAAAAAUAUCCGUGUAUCUCAUAGGAUGGGUAAUCCCAUGGACUACGAUGUCCUGAAGGAAGCCAUAUUAGAUAUUAGAAACUCUUUUAAGAAUAAUGAGGAGAUACCCUUUUCAGUUGUUGUUGUAUCUGAUAGGGAAUGGCUUCUUGGAGAUGCAUCAAAGGCAGACAAACACUCUGCAUAUUCCCUUCUUCUUGCUGAAAAUAUUUGCAACAAACUUAAUGUGAAGGUUCACAACUUGGUUGCAGAAAUAGUUGACACAAAAUUGGGAAAACAACUUGCAAGAAUUAAGCCAUCUAUAACAUAUAUUGCAGCAGAGGAAGUAAUGAGUCUUGUAACAGCUCAAGUGGCAGAGAAUUGUGAACUAAAUGAGGUGUGGAAAGAUAUUCUUAAUGCAGAAGGAGAUGAGAUAUAUGUGAAGGAUAUUAGUCUCUUCAUGAAAGAAGGGGAGAAUCCAUCAUUUAUUGAGCUCUCUGAAAGGGCAAAUUUGCGGCGAGAAGUUGCCAUAGGCUAUGUGAAAAAGAAUAAGAAGGUUAUAAACCCAAAUCCCAAAUCAGAGCCACUCUCCCUUGAAAUGUCAGACUCACUAAUUGUGAUCUCAGAACUUGAGGGGGAACAACCAAUUUUUGUAUAGAUUCUCCAUAUCAUUAAUUAUUUUUGCUUUUUGUUUCUCAUUAUGACAGCAUGUGAUUGUCAUCGGUUUGAUUCAAUGCAAGAUAAAAGCUGUUAGUUGCACUGGACAUUUUUUGAAAACCCCAAAACUAAGCAUCUUUUUUGCC